UGCGCAAGCCAAGGUGCCCCGCAAAUUUUCUUUGGAUACCCAUUAACGCGAGUUCCCCUCCUCAACAUUUCUAAACCCGCCAUUUCAUCCUCUGAAAUUUUACAACCUCUCCCGCCACAUCAAAUUCCCCAGACCUGUCGAUUCGCCACAGACGCAGAUCUUCUUUCUUGUCAUCGCGAAAAAGCGUCACUUCCAUCGACAGAAACCGGCUCCCCAUCACCAUGGCUGAGCCCAUCAAGAACAAGCGGCCCGACCCCGCCGUCGCUCCCACACCCCAGAACACACCGGCAAAUGCGGCUCCCAUUUCGUCGCAUGCCCAGCAGCCUGGUAUUUCGAGCAUCAAGGAAGAGGAUUUGGACCGCGCCGCUGCGUCCAUUUUCGCUAAGGACCCGCGCCUUGUGUCCAUGAUUCACAACCGGCUGGGAUCGCUCGUUGGCAGGUCAUCUGGCUACAUCGAGUCGCUUCCCACCGAGGUCAAGCGCCGCGUCGCUGGCCUCAAGGGCAUCCAGAAGGAGCACUCCAAGCUCGAGGCAAAGUUUCAGGAGGAGGUCUUGCAGCUCGAGAAGAGGUAUUUUGCCGAGUUCACGCCUCUGUACGAGCAGCGUGCUGCCAUCGUGAACGGCAAGACCGAGCCCACCGAAGAGCAGGUCAAGGCUGGCGAGAAGGGUGAUGAGGCCAAGGAGACCGAGGGUGCCGCCGUCAAGGAGGAGAAGCCUGCUGAGGGCGCCAGCAAUAUCUCGGGCAUUCCCGAGUUCUGGCUUUCGGCCAUGAAGAAUCUGGUUUCCCUGGCUGAAAUGAUCACCGAGCGGGACGAGGAGGCGCUCAAGUCCCUGGUCGAUAUCCGGAUGGAGUACCUCGAUCGGCCCGGAUUCCGCCUUAUCUUCGAGUUCGCGGACAACGACUUCUUCACCAACAAGACCAUCACCAAGACGUACUACUACCAAAACGAGAGUGGCUAUGGUGGCGACUUUAUCUACGACCACGCCGAGGGCGACAAGAUCGACUGGAAGCCGGGCCAGGAUCUGACCGUCCGCAUCGAGCAGAAGAAGCAGCGCAACAAGAGUGAGUGCCCGCUAUCGCCGUAUGCGAAAAUCGAAGCACUGUUGACGGACGCAGCCACCAAGCAAACCCGUAUCGUCAAGAAGACGGUCCCGACGGAGUCGUUCUUCAACUUCUUCUCGCCUCCCAAGGCUCCGGCGGACGACGAUGAUGACGCCGCUUCCGAUAUCGAGGAGCGCCUGGAGCUCGACUAUCAACUGGGCGAGGAUAUCAAGGAGAAGCUCAUCCCUCGGGCGAUCGAUUGGUUUACUGGAGAAGCCCUAGCCUUUGAGGAGAUCGAUGACGACUUUGAUGGUUAUGAGGAUGAAGAGGAUGAAGAUGGCGAGGACCUCAGCGGCGAUGAGGAUGAUGAGGAUGAGUCGGAAGAGGAAGAGGAGGACGGCGCCAAACCGAAGCAGGAGCCCACGGAGUGCAAGCAGAGCUAAAGGACGAUUUCGCCACCCCGCUG